UUUGACUCUGACUGAUACCUUCAGAGAACUAUCCUAUACGCACAUUAAUCUUCUUUAGCAGGCGAGUUUUCACCUUCUGCAAUGGCUUGCAACAAAAUUCAACGCAACUCUUCAUCACGCACUAAGAAUUUUGAUGUGUUUGUUAGCUUUAGAGGUGAAGAUACCCGUAACGGUUUCACAAAUCAUCUUUUUGCAGCUCUUCAAAGAAAAGGAGUUGUUGCCUUCAGAGAUGACUACACAAUCCAGAAAGGGGAGUUCUUGGAGUCUGAGCUCUUGCAAGCAAUUGAAGGAUCACGUGUUUUCAUUGUCGUCUUCUCAAAGGACUAUGCAUCAUCCACAUGGUGCAUGCAAGAGCUUACAAAAAUCGUUGGCUGGGUUCAACAAACAGGGCGAAGUUUGCUCCCUAUCUUCUAUGAUGUCGAUCCUUCUGAGGUUCGAAAACAGAGUGGAGAGUUUGAAAAAGCUUUUGCUGAACACGAACAAAGGUUCAAAGAUGACAUGGAAAUGAUAAAAACAUGGAGGGCAGCUCUCAAAACAAGUUGUGAUCGUUGUGGGUGGGAUCUGAAAAAUAAGAAACAAUAUGAAGAAAUUGAAAACGUUGUUGAAAAGGUAAUCGACAUAUUGGGUCGUAAUCAAAUUUGGAGUUUUGGAGAUGAUUUAGUUGACAUGCAUUCUCGUGUUAAGCAAUUGGAAGAAGUUCUAGAUCUGAGUGCUAAUGAUACUGUUCGCCUUGUGGGACUUUGUGGGAUGGGUGGAAUAGGGAAGACGACACUUGCAACUGCAUUGUUUAAUAAAAUCUCUCCUCAAUAUAAUGCUUCUUGUUACAUUGAUGAUGUAAGCAAAACUUAUUAUAAUUUUGGAGCAACAAAUGCUCAAAAACAACUUCUUUGUCAAAUUCUAAAUCAAGGAAAUAUGGAGAUACAUAAUGUUUCCCAUGGAACUAUGUUGAUAAGGACUAGACUAUGUCACUUAAAGACGCUUGUCGUUCUUGAUAAUGUUGAUGAAGUUGAACAAUUAGAGAAAUUAGGUUUGCAUCCUGAAUAUCUAGGUGCAGGGAGUAGACUCAUCAUAAUUUCUAGAGAUUCUCGUAUCCUAAAAAAAUAUGGAGUAAGUGAAGUUUACAAUGUUCAAGUCUUGGAUGAAACUCAAGCUCUUCAAUUAUUUUCCAAAAUAGCUUUCAGAUCUAACAAUAUUAGGAAAGAAUACAAGGAGUUAACAUUUGAUGUUCUGAAGUAUGUUAGAGGUCUUCCAUUAGCAAUUAAAGUGUUGGGGACAUUUUUACAUGAUCGAGACGUUUGUGAAUGGAGAAGUGCGCUGAUUAGAAUGAAAGAAAAUCCAAAAAAAGACAUCAUGGAUGUGUUGCGAAUAAGUUUUGAUGGAUUGGAAAAUCUAGAAAAAGAAAUAUUUCUAGAUAUUGCUUGUUUCUUCAACAAGUAUGGGGUGUGGGAAGUGAAGAAACUUCUAGACUAUCGGCAAUUUUAUCCAGACAUUGGUAUGCAAGUUUUGAUCGAGAAAUCACUUAUAAGUUAUCAAGAUGAGGAGAUUGAAAUGCAUGACUUGUUGAAAGAGUUGGGUAGGAUUAUUGUUCGAGAAAAAGCACCAAAAGAACCAAGAAAGUGGAGCAGAGUGUGGAGCUACAAGGAUUUCCAAGAGGUUAUGGAAAUAAAUAAGGAAGCAGAAAAUGUUGAAGCUAUAGUUAUUGAACAGUAUCCGGAAGAGUUUCUACAAGGAAGAAUAAGAGUGGAUGCUCUCUCCAAAAUGGAUCACCUAAAGUUGCUCAUUCUUAAGAAUGUAAAUUGUUUUGGAACUCUAAAUUACAUUUCUAAUGAAUUGAGAUAUCUGUUUUGGAAUCACUUUCCUUGGAUGUUUUUGCCAUCAACUUUCCAUUUAGAUCAACUAGUAGAAUUGAUCAUGCCUCAUAGCAAUAUGAAGAAAUUAUGGGAAGGCAAAAAGUGUCUGCCUAAUUUGCGAAGGAUGGAUCUGAGCCACUCCAAAAAUCUUAUUGGGGUGCCCGACUUAAGUGAGGUUCAACGUCUUACGUUUCUUGAUCUUGAAGGAUGCAUAAAAAUUGUCGGUAUUCAUCCAUCCAUUGGUAUUCUAAGAGAACUUCAUUAUUUGAAUUUGAAAAAUUGUAAAAAUCUUGUCCUUAAUCUGAAUAUCUUAUUUGCGCUCAGUUCUCUUAGGACUUUAAUUCUCUCUGGUUGUUUAAAAUUACUUAAUAGUAAGAUGCUAAUGGACCCAAGUGACACAAAACAUUUGGAGGAAGUUGUUAAAAUUACAAAUGUCAUCCAAUUCCCAACAUCAUCUGUAUACAGACUACUAAUGUUGCCUUUCCAUAUUUUCUACCCUUCAAAACCUGAAGAUUCACUUGGUAUGGUAUUGUCUUCUUUGUCUUGUGUCCCUUGUUUGGUGCAUCUUGAUAUAAGCUUCUGCAAUCUACUUCAAGUACCAGAUGAAAUUAAGAACUUACGUUCUUUAGUAGGAUUAAAUUUGGGGGGAAACAAAUUUGUAACACUACCAAGUAGCAUCAAGCUACUUUCCAAUCUUCAACGUUUGAACUUGGAACACUGCAAGCAGCUGAAAUAUUUGCCCGAGCUUCCAACAAUGAAAGAAAAACAAAUUGGCACAUACUAUGUUGGAUUAUACAUUUUUGAUUGCCCCAAGUUGUGUGAUAUGGAGCAUUGUUAUAGCACUGUUUUUUCUUGGAUGACUCAAAAUCUCCAGGUUUGCUUGCAACCUACUAUUUCCUCAGCUCAUGUGGCUAUUGUAAUUCCUGGAAGUGAAAUCCCAAAGUGGUUCAAUAAACAAAAGGCAAGUACAUCAAUAAGUAUGGACCCAUCUGCUGUUAUAGAUGAUCCAAAUUGGAUUGGUGUUGCCAUUUGUGUUCUAUUUGUCACACACCAAGAUCCCACGAAUUUGGUUGAAAGAUAUGAUAAUAGUUCCCAUACUUUUUCUUAUGGUGUCAAUAAUGUCAACCUUUGGCCAAAAUCGUAUUCAGUAGCUCCAAUGCAUUUCAAGAAAGACCUGGUGACAGCUGGAUUCGACCACUUGUUGACGGUGUUUUACUCUCGACAAGAAUUCAUUCAUCUUCUAAGCAGCCAUCCAAAUACCAUGCAUGAUCUUCAUGGAAUUGAAUUUGAAACUUGGAUUCAAAGUCCUAAAGGUUUAUGUGUUGUGGUGAAGAAUUGCGGGUAUCGUUGGGUAUUUAAGGAGGAUCUUCAACAAUUCAACUCAAACAUGUUUUUCAGUGGAAAUUCUUCUUCUCGAAAGAGGAAACUACUAACACGUCAUUAACCAUUAGAGCCUUCAUCCUAGAAAUUCUUCUUAUGCAUUAUUCGGUCAAAGAAAUCUUAAUCCUUUUCAGGUAGAAUUUAAUACACAAAUAUUACGAAGGUCAUAAUUAUUAUUAAUGAAUAUUCUAUUUGUUUUGUUUUUAUUAAUGACAAAAUGAUGAUUCCUAUCUGA